AUUCGCGGCACAGAGCGCCUCCCGAUCAGUCGGGCCGGCGAACCGAACAACUAGGACCGCGCGCGCAAGCAGCGGUUGUUGUGAGCAGCAUGCCGCGCGCCGCAGUCCUGCUGGCGCUUGCGGCCGUGCUCCUCGCAGCUGAGUGGGCGCAUGCGUCCUAUAUAGACCCUGGCGAUGAGGAUAUGGAGAUCAAUCUAGCUGAUUACGGGGACGAUCCAGCGGACUUGCAGAUGCUGCAAGACGUUGGCAAACGUUCGUCGCUGAUCUACGUUUUCAGGCGCGCCUGUAUCCGUCGGGGGGGCAACUGCGAUCAUCGCCCAGGCGACUGCUGCCACUCGUCAUCCUGCCGCUGCAAUCUUUGGGGCUCCAACUGUCGCUGCCAGAGGAUGGGCCUCUUCCAAAAGUGGGGAUAGGCAGCCCCAAAACCGACGGUGCCUUUGAAGCGGCGACCAUCUCCCGCCAGCCGACUUGACCGCCGCUCCAUUGGCCCGCGCGACAACUAUUGCGUUCAUACACCGGACCCGUUGCGUUUCAAAAUCACCUAUUCUCAUUUCCAACACCCUAUUUCGGUCUGUUUCACCCUCUUUUUUGUUUUUAACGUCCAAUUUUGAGCUAUCGCUUAGAGAGAUUCAAAAAUCGAAAACAGGGACCUAGAUUUUAGUUUGGGGAAAUAUUUUUGGACCUUAUUGAAUUUACAAAAAUUUUAGGGAUGCUAUUCAUUUCGUAUUUUAGACUUUCGCAUCGCAUAUUAUUUUCGCAUUCUUAAUAGAUUUAUCUGAUCGUGCCGAGCGUCCGCUUACGGGGUUGGGCAAUCACCCAGCCUUAUUGCCCAAUCCGUACGCCCUGACGAUAUGCUCGGCCGAUCGGAUCCGGCCAACUGCCCCUGGCGACCAGUUCUUGGUGAACAAUUUUAAUUUAGAAUUCUUCUUUUACUGCCAACGAACCUCUCGCCAUGGUGGCAGUUGAAUUCAGCAAUGUAUGUAUGUAGAGAUAAGUAAGCUAAUGUAGAACAAGCAGUAGUAGCUAAAUUGAUGGUAAACUUAUGUCAAUAGUUAGUAGCGAAUACAAAAAUAGUAAAAAAAUAAAUAUAUGAAUGUAACUUUUAAAAUAAAUGUUCUAGCUAUUUAAGAGACUAACGGUAAAAAACUUGGUGAAAGACGCUGUAAUAAGCCUUUAUAUUAAAUAAACAACGCCACUUGUAUUUGCGAUUGGCAAAUUAGUUUAUAAAAUACAUAUUAACAUGUCAUAAUAAUUAAAUAAAACGAAUCUUUAAUGUACUCUGUGUGACUCUCGGACAGGAGGUAUGAUAAUGCAGCCUAGUAGAAUCUUCUAUGAUUAUGUAGCUUCUUAUAAAGUACGUUCCUGAUUAUGGAAUAUGAUAAUUGUAAUAUUACUGAUAUUGGAAUAUGGAAAACUAUAAAUUAUAUAAAUAAAUGUUUAUGGAUGAAACA